AUGUCGUCCGAAAAACCAUAUAAUGGUCCAUUCAUAGUCCAUUCUACGCCUCCAAACGCGCCAGAGCCGUACAAGGAACCUUCCCCCAUCGUCCAUCCUACAGGACCCUACAAUGAUGAACCCAUUUACCUACCGGAGACCUUCCACUCCACAGCCGAGGGCCAGGACCCUAUGCUGCCUCCCUGGCAAGACCCUGACCUCUUCGAAAUCUCCAUCGGCAUCUCCAGGGAAAUACAACACUUAAACUGCACAGAAUGGACGGUCCUCUUACACAGAUUGGACACCGGCAUCCACCCAGAGACCAAAAUCCCUGCUGUCUACCGAGCCUACUCCGUCGAGUCCGGACCCAAGGAUGGCCUCGACGAGGAAUACAUCAAGCACAUUCGCACCGACAGGCCUUUCCCUUCUCUCGAUGCCGAGAACAACAACAACAACAACAACAACAGUGCCUACGAGAUGCUGAUCCCAUGCGGGACACUGCACAGGGAUGACCUGCCCCUUUUUGACUGGACCUUCUGGGAGACUCGCAGCGGGCCGAAUAACUACUUCGUGCUGAGAUUCUUGCGCAUGCUGGGUGCGUACGGCCUGGUUUGUGAGGAUGAUAUUCUGAUGGCCCUCGAAAUGUCGGGUCUUGAGAAGAGGUAUAAUACAGCGGAGAUUGAGUGUUUCGAGGGCCUCUUGACUGUGCAAGAUGAGAAUUAUUAUCUCGGGCUUUUGGACCAUCCUAUGAGUAAUCAGGUGUUUUUUGGUGAUGAGGGGGGGUAUUUUUGUUACUGA